AUUAACCACUCCUGUUCAAAAUACCUUCACAAUAUAUUCAAAAAUCACCGAAAUUGAUGAGGAAAUCAUAUCAUCAAAGCUUUUUGUUUUAUACGAGCAUGCUGCUGGUUAUGCCAUUUUUUCUGUCAAAGAAUUCGAAGAGGUAGGAAUGUCUCUUCCUCAAGUUGAAGCAUCUGUCACAGAUUUAUCUCGUUUUAAUUCAGUUGUGAAAUUAGUUGGAUUUUCACCCUUUAAAACUGCUUUAGCAGCUUUGGAAAGUAUAAAUAGUAUUUCUGAAGGAAUUAUCCCGGAAGAUUUACAGCUGUUUUUAGAUUCAUGUAUACCAAAAUCUGGAAAAAAAGACAAAGUUGUGCUUGGAGUAUCAGAUCCAAAACUUGGUGCUAGUAUUACUGAAGCGUUAGAUAUAAAAUGUGAUUAUGCUGGUGUUAUUCCAGAAAUUCUUAGAGGAAUAAGACUUCAUUUCCAUAAUUUAGUAAAACAUUUCACUGCUAAAAGUUCGGGAAUCGCACAACUUGGACUUGGUCAUAGUUAUUCUAGAGCUCAAGUUAAAUUUAAUGUCAAUCGUGUGGAUAACAUGAUCAUACAAAGCAUAGCUCUAUUAGAUCAGUUGGACAAAGAUAUUAAUACAUUUUGUAUGCGAAUAAGAGAAUGGUACAGUUAUCAUUUUCCAGAGCUUGCAAAAAUAGUUCCUGAGAAUCAUAUGUAUGCCAAAGUUGCAAAAUUAAUAAAAAGCAGAAAAGAAUUUACAGAUGAAAAAUUAGAAACCUUAGAACAAAUUGUUAUGGACACUGCGAAAGCUCAAGCAAUUAUGGAUGCAUCCAAAUCAUCUAUGGGAAUGGAUAUCAGUCCUGUUGAUCUUCUUAAUAUUGAAAUGUUUGCAACUCGUGUUAGUUCUUUGGCUGAUUACAGGAAACGAUUAGCAGAAUAUUUAAGAUUUAAAAUGACAGGAAUUGCGCCAAAUUUGGCUACAUUAAUAGGUGACCAAGUAGGAGCCAGAUUAAUAGCACAUGCUGGAUCUCUUACAAAUUUAGCGAAAUAUCCUGCUUCUACUGUACAAAUAUUAGGUGCAGAAAAAGCCUUAUUUAGAGCCUUGAAAACUAGAGGUAGCACUCCAAAAUAUGGACUACUGUUCCAUUCGACGUUUAUUGCUCGCGCAGGUACAAGAACUAAAGGCAGAAUUUCAAGAUAUCUUGCGAAUAAGUGUUCUAUAGCAUCAAGAAUUGAUUGUUUUAUUGACAUGCCAACUAAUAUAUUUGGCGAAAAAUUACGACAACAAGUAGAAGAUAGAUUAAAAUUUUAUGAAACUGGAGAAGUACCUAAGAAAAAUAUUAUUGUAAUGAAAGAAGCUUUAGAAGAAGUUGCGGAACUAACAGCGAGUGUGGAACAAGAAUCAUCCAAAAAGAAAAAGAAAAAAGAUAGAAAAAGGAAAAAAGAAAUUUUAGAAAAUGGAAACAAAAAUGAAUUUGUUGAGAAUGGAAUACAAGAAGAAGCUGAAGAGUCAAAGAAGAAAAGGAAGAAAUCAAAAAAUAUAAAUGAAAAUGAAUAAAAAAUUUAAUAUUGUCUUUAUGUAAUUAUAGCGAUUUAUAAUGAUUGUAACCAGAUUUUUUUCAUAUCAAUAUAAAAUUAUAUAUUGAA